CAACAAGCACGGAUGGAAAGGGAGAGCUAGCUCCACGUAUCUGAAAUCUGUCACGUUUUACACUUCUAAUCAAAGCUGGUCAACAAGAGGUGCUUUGAAAUGGAGCCACAACUCAAACGCAGAAAAGAAUAUGAGUGUGACAUCGACUCCUGGGUUGCUUACCCUGUGCUGUCCAACGAGCAGUCACAAGACAUUGAGCUAAUCGAGGCCUUUGCAGCUCCCAUCAUCAACAAGAAAGAAACCUCUCGUUUGAUCAAGGAGUUGGCCAAAGUAUACCCAUUACCUGGACUUCAGCACAUCAAGAGAGUACGGUCAUGCAAGGAUAAGGGCAGCCCUCACCCUCUGGAGGUCAUUGUAUGCCUUGCCAGUGAUGCACAAGUCAUUGACCGCAGUGAGGAGCUGCACAUAUCUGAUCUGUCAUCCUCCAGUAGAUUAAACUGUGAAGGUCUAGGAGACCCUUUCCUGGUCAAGAUACCAGCAUGCCCUCCUUUGACCAGACCACAGUUUGAGCAGGCCAGCAAACACUGGCCCACCUCCUUUCACGAGGACAAACAGGUGACUGUGGCCCUGAGGGGCCAGCUGUUCACCUCUUCUCAGAAAUCAAAGAUGCAGGAGUACAUGAUGGCUGCUGUGGCUGCAGCCAGAGCGGGGCAGGAUUGUGGCAUGGAGGCUGUGGGGGCUGCGGUCGUUGACCCAGAGGCAGAGAGGAUCCUCGCUGUGGGACAUGACUGCCGGCAAGGCGGUCACCCACUUCAUCACGCCAUCAUGGUCUGCAUUGACCUUGUGGCACGUGGGCAGGGGGGUGGGGCCUACACCUAUGACAAGUACCUCGCCUGCCAGUCUGUUUUGCCCUAUUCCUCACCCUCUCAAAAACAGGGCGCCACCACCAUGACAACCUGUGGGGUCGUGCAGGACGGGGACAGUGCAGAGGAGAGCGGUGAGCCAUACAUCUGCACCGGGUACGACUUGUAUGUUACUCGAGAGCCUUGUGUUAUGUGUGCCAUGGCGCUAGUCCAUUCUAGGAUAGGCAGAGUCUUCUAUGGAACAUCCUCUAUCGAUGGGGCAUUUGGGACUAAAUAUAAAAUCCAUGCUCAAAAAGAUCUGAAUCACCGCUUUGAAGUUUUCAAAGGAGUCUUGGACCAACAGUGUUCAGACCUUAACAGGCCAGUACACUAUAUCAAAAUGAAUUCUUAAAAAAGGUUCACAAUUGUUACAGGAACGCUAGACCAUUAUAAACGGAUGAAUCUCGUGUCAGACUACUUGGCACACGCGGUUGAUGAAUGAGACUAGAUCAAUGUGUGAAUUACAUAGGUAACAUUUUACUUCUAGAAGAUUUUGGAUUACAUAAACACAUUUUAAUGUUUUACUUUGUUACUGUGUAAAAUUCAAUGCAAUAAAGGUUUGGCCACUUUGUGACAGCAAGCU